AUGGCUGACGAGCAGGCUCCCGAGUGCGGCUGCUACAUCAUCUUCGACGAGGAGACCACCAGCGGCAAGAUCGCAUUUAUCCCUCUAACCAGCGUCGAAGCUCACACCACCAUCCAGGCCACCGCCUCCAAGACCCGCCUCACCCAGUAUUUCAUCAAUCCGGACCGUGACAAGCCGCUGGAUGAGCUCAACUACGUCUUCCCGCUAUAUGAUGGUGUCUCUAUCGUAUCCUUUGUUUGCACGAUAGGCGACCGUGUAAUCCGUGGCGUCGUCAAGGAGCGACAAGAAGCACAGGCCACAUAUAAUAAAGCUGUCAAGUCCGGCAAGGUCGCCGGCUUACUCCAGAAGUCAUCGGCGGCUUCUGAUGUAUUUUCCACAACCGUUGGAAAUGUUCCCGCGGGCGCAGAGAUCAAGGUCGAGAUCACGUAUCUCGCCGAGCUGAAGCACGAUGCCGAAUUUGAUGGCAUCCGGUUCACUCUUCCAACGCAUAUCGCGCCUCGAUACGGUCCAGGAUUCUCCCUCAAGGACUCAAACGUCACAACACAGGGAUCUAUAUCCAUCACCGUAGACGCGGACAUGCCAGAUGGAUGCUCAAUCACUUCAGUUCAGUCGCCCUCACACCCCAUCUCCAUCCAGAUCGGUCGCUGCUCAACCUCGGCCGAGACAGCUGAGCCGUCUCUCCAGAAGGCUUCAGCCUCGCUCGCCCUCGGGUCCGCCUCGCUCGAGAAGGACUUCAUCCUCCACAUCGUGGCCCCCAAGAUCAAGGAGCCGUCUGCCGUCCUCGAGACGCACCCGACCCUGCCCAACCAGCAAGCCAUCAUGGCGACCCUCGUCCCUCAGUUCAAGAUCCCCUCCGAGACGCCCGAGAUGGUCUUCCUUUGUGACCGGAGCGGCAGUAUGUACUGGGGCAACCAGAAGAUGCCCAAUCUCCAAAACGCCCUCAACAUCUUCCUUCGCUCCCUGCCCGUCGGCGUCAAGUUCAACAUCUGCUGCUUCGGCACUCGGUACGACUUCUUGUGGCCCGAGUCCCGUGCCUACGAAGAGGCGAGCCUGGAAGAAGCUUUCAAGCAUGUGGGCACCUUCAACGGGACUGACUACGGUGGGACCGAGAUGUGCGAGCCUUUGGAAGAGGUGUUCCGGAGACGGCAGAAGAACAUGAACCUCGAGGUGUUUCUUCUGACCGACGGUGACAUUUCAAACCAGAAUUCGCUCUUCAAGCUCAUCAACGAGAAUAUGGAGGAGGCGAAGGGAGCGAUCCGCCUUUUCUCUCUUGGCAUCGGUGAUGAUGCCAGCCACGCUCUGAUAGAGGGGGCUGCACGUGCAGGCAACGGGUUCGCGCAGACGGUCGGGUCGGAGGAGAAGAUGAAUCACAAGGUGGUCCGCAUGCUCAAGGGGGCGUUGACUCCCCACAUCUACGACUACUCCCUGGAGGUCAAGUACGAGCGCACCGCGUCGGAUGUCGUCGACGACGAUGAUUUCGUGGUUGUUGAGAAGACGUUGGAUUCUCUCGCUAUUGAAGCAACCGUGGUCGAAGCUAAGAGUGAGUCGGAGCCGGUGCAAAAGACGAUUACUAUUUACGAUGCUUCUCAUAAAGACGACGACGACAUGGGAUUCGAUGACAAGCCGGAGAAGGAGCGACGCGACCCAAUCCUGGAGAUUUCAACGCCCAAGUAUCUACAGACGCCGUGUCCCGUGCCGGCUCUGUUCCCCUUCAAUCGCACAACCGUGUACGUCUUGAUCUCUGACCAAUCUCCGUCCCUCGUCGCCAAAUCGAUACUUCUAAGAGGCACCACGUCAGUAAAAUCAAACGGUACUAUCGAGCGCGUUGCUCUAGAACAGGAGAUUCCCAUCACAGCGCUGCCAGGAAAAGGCACCACGAUCCACCAGCUCGCAGCUCAAAAGGAGAUCACAGAGCUGGAGGAAGGAAGAGGCUGGCUCUCGCUGGCCAAGGACGCCGAGACGGGAACGCUCAUCAAAGAUAAGUUCAACGCCAUCCAGGUCCAAGACAUGAGGAAGCGAGAGGCCGUCCGGCUCUGCCUGAGAUACCAAGUCGCCGGCGUGUACUGCUCCAUGGUGGCUGUCGAUGAGAGCCAGGAGGCCGAGGAUAAUACGCAGCGUGACAUGAUAGAUCGCAGGUGGGGAUUGGAUGAUGAUGACGACGAUUCGGAUGAGGAUAUGGGAUUUGGCCUGUUCGAUGGCUACACUCCCCCGCAACGGCCGUCGAGGCGUGCAUUCCUAGAUGUAUCUGCCGAAUGCGAAGAGGAUGAUUCGGACGAAGACAUGGGAUUCUGCCUGAUGGAUGACGGCCCUCCCCUGCAACCGCAACCGCGGGCAGUUGAGACGAAGGAGGAAGACAAAAAAGAGUCAACAGGGCCGAAAGCCUCCGAGAAUAGAGACGCGCUGCAAGCCAUUGCCGGUCUACAAAAGUUCACCGGUAGUUGGGAGUGGGAUAAGGCAGGGUUGCUCGAGAAGCUGCUCGGAGUCACGAAGGACGACAUAUUGAUGAAAGCCGAAGGAGCUGGUCUCGAUAAGGGCAAGGACGUGGUUCUUGCUACCUUGUGCGCGCUUGUGUUCUUGGAGACAAACCUGGCAGAGGAGAAGGAUGCGUGGGAGUUGAUGGCGGAGAAGGCGACCGGUUGGGUUACAGAGCAGAUUGGUGGAACAAACGAAUACGAGAGGUGGAAGGGAGUGGUACGGGCCCUGCUAUGA